UUUUCUUUGAACAAGUAUUUUUCGACUAUCGGAUGUGGUUCGUUGUACUAUCCGAUGUCGUUGAUUGACUUGUCGGUCAGUCUACGAAAUGAACCACUUUCCAGCAGAUCAAUCCAUUCUGGAGAUUCAGAAACAGCGUGAUGUCUGGCGAUCUCGAACAGAAAAUGUCGCUUUCUUCAUUGCCCGGGGAGAUUUACAUCUCGGCAUUCUUGUGAUAUCUGCCAGCGCCUUUCUGCUAAAAUACUUACUCUAUCUUGCACGACGGUUGUGGGCAAAAUCUGAGGAUGACGGCGAAAAGUCUCCGGCUUUCGUUCGAUUUUAUACACCUCCCGCAUAUAAUAUAGCCCAAAUCGCCUUUGCGACUGCUUCAUUCGCCCUCAGUGUAGCUGCUCUUCCUCACGAUGCCAGUUGGAAGCGAUCAUUGCUCCUGGGAUAUGCAACCGCGCUGUACGCUGGGAGAUUUGCCGGGAGGAGCUCAAUCCAGAGCCACAUAUUUCGCCAUGCGAACACAAUUAUAGUGGCUACCCUGCUUCUCGCUGUGACGCAAUCAUUCGUGCCGGUAUUCAUCGUGGGAGCAACUUAUCGUCCAAUUCCCCUCGAAUCCGCUCUGUGUGGCUGCUUGUUCGCUACAGCCAUAAUACCAGCAAUCUCUCCACGCCCGCAAUGGACUCUCUACAACGAAGGUGAAAGCGAUGAGGAUCUCAGCUUCACGCACAAGGCAUCUCUGGAGGAGACUUGUUCACUCUUUUCCUACUAUUGGUCGUAUGAAUGGAUUACGUACCUUAUUAUUCGGGGUCUUCGAAAUGAACUGACCAUAGACGACUUACCAAUCCUACCGUCAUACGAUGCGCCAAUAAAAUGGUUCAGGAGGAUGCAAAGACAGCGUCGUCCAGGUAGCAAGACGUUCUUUACGUUAUGCCGAUUGCUGAAGAAGGAUAUUGAAAACAUGGUCUUUUGGGCGGGUCUGUUAGCGUUUGGUGAGUUUAUUGCUCCGAGCGCUCUCAUGAGAUUGCUGGGUUAUCUUCAGGAUCCUACGAAUGCUGUGAUUCACCCACUCGUAUGGAUUACGGUGUUGUUUUUUGGUCCGACCCUUCGCACCUUGUGUAGUCAACGGUAUAUAUUCGUUGCCACACGACUGUUGGUUCGAGUCAAUAUGACUCUCGUGCAAGAGAUAUAUCAUACAGCGAUCCGAUCUCAUAUUUAUGAUUCCUCAGUUGCUGAAAGAAAAGUGAACCACGCCGGCAAUGCCGUGGAUAAAGAAUUAUCCAAAGGAAGGCAGGCCGAUAUUACGACAUUAAUGUCAUCGGACGUCCAUGCAAUCUACAACGGACGGGAGAUUUUCUUCGCGCCGGUGGUCGUUCCUAUCACUGUCAUCAUUGCUGUCGUAUACUUGUAUCGCUUGCUUGGAUGGCCGUCCUUGUUCGGUGUCGCAACUUUAUUCCUGCUAUCUCCCUUACCGACUUUAGCAUCUCGUCGUGUAUCUCGCAUCCAGAGAAGCGUCAUGCAAGCUACAGAUGCCAGAAUAUCCAAGAUCACGGAAUAUCUCGGCUCAAUUCGAACACUCAAGUACUUUGGCUGGGAACCCGCCAUGGAAAAGGAAGUAGACGUUCUGCGACAGGUGGAACAAAGUCGGGUAUGGAAACGAAACUUAACAGCUGCAGUCAUCUCCUUAGCGGGAGACCUCUUGCCGAUGAUGAGUCUGCUUGUCUCGUUUUCUGCUGUCGUCGUUUUUACGAAUAAUAGUUUAGAUGCACCCAAAGCAUUUACAGCAUUGUCAAUCAUGGAGAUACUCCGGACGCAGUGUGUAUGGGUGUCCAACAUUGUGCGUAAUGCUUCGACUAGUCUUGAAUCGCUGCGUCGUCUGGAUCGAUUUUUCGAUUCUGCUGUUGAGGUCAAGCGUCAUCCGCAAGGACCUCCAGCGUUUCACAAUGCUACCUUUCGCAGAACCCCCGUCGCUACUUUUAGGCUGCACGAUAUCUCCGUGUCAUUCACAGAAUCUGUCUUGAAUGUUGUCACUGGCCCAACCGGUUCGGGCAAGACUUCUCUGCUCUUGUCACUGAUUGGUGAGACUAUGCUCGAGUCUGGUGUAGCAACCUGCCCAAGAGACGUAGCGUAUGUUCCUCAGACAGCGUGGCUACAGAACGACACGGUCCGAGAGAACAUUUUGUUUUACAGUGAGUUUGAUAGACCCCGCUAUGAUAGUGUCGUCUCGGCUUGUGGGCUUCUCCAAGAUCUUGAACAGCUUCCGGACGGUGAUUUGACAGUCGUUGGUGAACGGGGAACCAGUCUUUCUGGAGGUCAAAAACAACGAGUUUCGUUAGCAAGAGCUAUAUAUUCUCAGGCUACCACACUUUUGUUGGACGAUGUCUUUUCGGCCCUUGACACACAUACCACUGCUUGGGUAUAUGACCAAUGUUUCCGCAAGGGACUUCUCGCUGGAAGAACGGUUAUACUCGUCACACACUUACCGUCAGCGCUGGAAGAUGCGCAAACUAUCGUAUAUAUAGAGAAUGGUACCAUUACAUCCGUCCAAACGAACAAGGACAGUACAUUGGCAUCUUCCGGUACGAGCACGAUUUCGAAUGAAAUAACUGUGGUAGAAUCGUUGGGUGCUGUCACUCCUCAGAACAACGGAGAGGUGGACCCGAAACAGAAACCUGUCGCCGAAGAUUCAGUCGAGAACGUACCAGAACAGAAGAUAUCAUCCAGAUUGGUUGCAGAACAAUCUUCCAGUGGCCGGAUUCCGCGAAACAUAGCAUUUGAAUAUAUGUUCGGUUUCGGCGGUUUCGGCUUCGUCAUCUUGGUCAUACUGUCUACUUUGGCUGUGCAGGUAUCAUAUUUUUCAGUUACAUACUGGCUCUCCAUCUGGGCAGAUGCAUACGACCGCAGCGAGACAAUACCCAACGUCAGCUACUACCUCUCAAUCUACGCAGGUACAAUCUUGAUCUAUUUGACACUCCAAUUCGGAAACGUGGUUAUCUUCCAAGCAGGCGGUUGGAAAGCAGCCCAGAUGAUGCACCGAAAACUUCUUCACGCAAUUUUGCAAGCCCCCGUGUCAUGGUUUGACCACAACCCCGUUGGACGGGCAAUGAAUCGGUUCGGAAACGACAUACGAUCAAUGGAUACAGUACUACCGGAAUAUCUCAACAAGCUGAUUGACAAUUGUCUCCGGUUCCUAUUCCGUAUUGGAAGUAUUGCAACUGUCAUGCCAAUCUUUAUUAUCCCGGCUUGCAUUGUGUGUAGUAUCGGAAUCGUGAUUGGUGAAAUGUACACUCGGACGCAGAUUCAACUCAAACGAUUAGCUUCCAUUAACCAAUCCCCGAUCUUUAUUCAUUUUAUCGACUCUAUUGCUGGUCUAAGCGUCAUUCGUGCCCGCGAUGGCAUGGAUGAUAAGUUCUUUUCAUUAUUGUCGGAAAAAGUUGCAAGACACUCGCGCGCGCUAGAGUCACAGCUCAAUUCGAAUCGAUGGGUUGCUGUCCGACUAGAUCUCUGUGCAGCAACUGUCACCGCAACCGUCGGACUUCUUGCGUGGAAAGUCGGAGGCGAUCCUGGUCUGGUUGGUUUCUCGUUGUCUCACGCAGUCGGUCUCGGACAGACGAUCCUGACUUUGGUCCGGACAAUGAACGACUUGGAAGUAGAACUAAUCUCCUUCCAACGAGUGAAGGAGUACGCAGAGAUUCAGCAAGAAGAGCAAGAUCAAGCCAUCGGUGCCACCACCAGGGAGCGUCAGCCACCGGCCCACUGGCCAAACGCAGGACAAGUCGAAUUCUCCAACGUCACGGCAAAAUACUACGACGGACCCAACAUCCUCCAGAACAUAAACUUCACCAUCCACCCCGGCGAACGCGUCGGCAUCGUAGGCCGAACGGGCAGUGGUAAGAGCACGUUAGGGCUAACCUUACUCCGAUUCACGGAACUUGUCUCUGGUAGAGUGGCCAUAGACGGGAUCGACAUUAGCAAGAUCCCACUCAAUCGUCUUCGAACAAGCAUAGCACUUAUUCCCCAAGAUCCGGUCCUGUUUUCAGGAGAUGUUCAAUCGAAUCUUGAUCCGUUUGGAGAACUCGGUGAGACGGAGCUGCAGACUGCUUUGUCGACAUGUUGUACUUCUAUUGCAGUUGCGGCUUCCUCCUCUUCUAUCACAAAUGCUAGCAACGGAGAUGGGAAUAGAAACAACAAUAAUCAGCCUCAAAGUUUGAGAUUAGAUACCCCCGUCGCAGCAAACGGAGAGAAUUUCAGCCAGGGCCAACGACAGGUUCUAGGACUUGCGCGGGCGGUUAGUCGUAGGGCCAAAGUGGUGCUACUAGAUGAAGCCACGGCUUCAGUGGACAAGGAGACGGAUGGACAUAUACAGCGAUUGAUCCGUACGGAGUUUCCAGAGUCGACUAUAAUUGCGAUUGCGCAUCGAUUAAGAACAAUCGUGGAUUAUGAUAGGGUGAUUGUCAUGGGAGGGGGUCAGAUUCUAGAGAUGGGCUCACCGGCAGAAUUGAUCAAUCUAAACGGCAUAUUCUGCGAUAUGCUGCGCAAGACGGGGGAGUAUGAUGAGCUCGUCCAGUUGAUACCAAACAAAUAGCGAUUGUCUUGGAGAGACAAUGCAAAACUCGUCCUCAGACCAUUUUACUUUUUGGAUACAUGCCAUGGAUAUGACUAUAAAAUAAACCUAUACGUGCAGGGUAGGUAAAUUGCCUAGAUAGGAAACAAAUUUAACACCGACAAUAGAUAUUAAGCAAUAA